GAUUACCAUGACAUUAUCAAACAACCCAUGGACAUGGGGACAAUCAAGAAGCGCUUGGAGAGCAACUACUACUGUAGUGCAAGUGAGUGCAUUCAAGACUUCAACACAAUGUUCACCAACUGCUACAUCUACAACAAGCCCACAGAUGACAUUGUGUUAAUGGCUCAGUCCCUGGAGAAGAUCUUUCUUCAAAAAGUAGCCCAGAUGCCCCAAGAAGAAUUUGAGCUGCCUCUUCCAUCAUCCAGUAGCAAAAGUGGCAGGGGACGUGGCCGGAAACCUAACGCAUUGAAAGCUCAGCAGGUGCCAGCAGUGUCUCAGUCAGCAUACUCGCCCUCUUCAUCGGACACAGAGGAGUCCAUGCUGGCUAGCUCUCCCCAGACUGUGGUAACUAAAAGCUUGCCUCCAGCCAACAUCAUUGGCUUGCCCCCAACGCAGCCCACAACCAAGAAGAAAGGUGUAAAACGUAAAGCAGACACCACCACCCCAUCCACUAUGGGCUUGACUGUGAGUUUGUCUGGAGCAACGCAUAUUGCAGGCUUGGGUAAGGGAGGCCACAGGGGCCAGGUCCAUGAGUCGUCCCUGCACAACCUCUCCUCUUUGGGCAUAAUGGAUGCAUCAUCUGGGAUGGUUAGGAGCACCUCAGGUCCUCUUCUGCUUCAGCCCAUGAUGGCCACCACUGGGCGUAGAGUGGGCAGUGGUCGCCCCAAACCUCCUAAGAAGGACUUACCUGAUUCUAUUCAGUCUCAGGUCUCACGAAAGGAAAUUGAGUGUGCGUUGCGAUACUGCAGUGGGGUGUUGAAGGAAAUGUUGUCCAAGAAACAUUUAGCGUGUGCCUGGCCUUUUUACACACCUGUGGAUGCAGUUGCACUAGGGCUUCAUGACUAUCAUGAUAUCAUCAAGUGCCCAAUGGACCUCAGCACCAUCAAGAGAAACAUGGACCUUCGUGAAUACAGGGAUGCUAGGAGUUUUGCUAGUGAUGUUAGACUUAUGUUCUCCAACUGUUACAAAUACAACCCACCUGACCAUGAUGUUGUAAACAUGGCACGGAAGCUGCAGGAUGUGUUUGAGUUCCGUUUUGCCAAAAUGCCAGACGAUUCAUCUGUAAACCAUUCAGCCCUGUCUAUGAGUGGACAUCCGAUGUCUUCAUCAUGCUCUUCGACAUCCACAUCAUCAUCCUCCUCAACCUCUGAGAGUGAGCCCAGCAGUGAGAGUGAAGAAAGUGAGAGCACCCUUAGCUCUGACAGUGAAGAGGAGAGAGCACACCGUCUGGCUGAGUUACAAGACCAAGUGUGCACUCAACUCCGUGCAGUGCAUGAGCAGCUGGCUGUUCUUUCCCAAGGCCCCAUUUUGAUACCCAAGAAGAAAAAAGAGAAGAAAGAUAAGAAAAAGAAGAAGCUGGACAAGCGAAACAGGGGUGGUCGAAGUCGAGCUGGCUCUGAAGAAUGGAGGAUGCCAGGAAAUAGGCUGAAGCCCAAGUCUGCCAGAGCAUCUUCCUCUCACACCAAGAAAAGCCAGGGGAAGAAAAGUAGCAAGAACAGCAAAAAUAUAAAGAAGCCAUUCUAUGCCCCACCGGCCUCCUCCAUGUUGCCACACUAUGACUCAGAGGAAGAGGAGGAGAUUGUCCCAAUGACAUAUGAUGAGAAGCGCCAGCUGAGCCUCGAUAUUAAUAAGCUGCCCGGAGAGAAGCUAGGUCGUGUCGUCCACAUCAUCCAAUCCAGGGAGCCUUCACUGAGGGACACCAACCCUGAAGAGAUCGAGAUUGACUUUGAAACACUCAAGCCAUCAACACUUAAAGAGCUGGAGCGUUACGUCAUGACAUGUCUGAGGAAGAAGCCCCGUAAGCCUUAUGCUGCAACAAAAUCCAGCAUUGGAAAGUCUAAGGAGGAGUUGACAUUGGAGAAGAGGAGGGAGCUGGAGAGGAGGCUGCAAGAUGUCAGUGGACAGCUCAACUCUGUCAAGAAACCACCAAAACCAAAAGCGGAGAAAGUCAGUUCUGCAGAAAUUCCAGGGCAGCCCUCCCAGCUCAGUGGCAGCAGCUCCAGCUCAGACUCAUCUUCCUCCUCAUCUUCAUCAUCCUCAUCCUCCUCAGACACCAGUGAUUCAGACUCAACUUAAGAGUCUUGGAGUUGAAGACUAAAGACACUGAUAACUCAGGGACCUGGGCUGGCCCAGGACUCAUCACACCCUGAAACACCUGUUGGAGUAUUUGGUACAGUGCACACACUCCCAAGUUGACUACUGAGAUCUUUUGAAUGUGGGACUGAGAGAUGUGGAAAAAGUUGAUGUGUAAUCAUAGAACCCAAACACUAAAUGCCUUGGUGUAAUCUUCCUCUCCCCUGUAAAUAUCUGUACAAAUUUCUAUUUCUUUUAUAAAGAAGAAUUUUAUUGUGAUCCCCUAAAGAGGACUCAUGAAAA